GAGAAACUCGGCUGGUCUUGCGGGGGGGAGGGGGGAAAUCAAGCGACCCCGUGGGCCUCUCCCUCAGCUGAGGUUGUGAAAAGUAAUAACAGUCUUUGAAGCUGGAGAUUUUGGGGAGAAUCUAGUGUUCUGGCAAGGCUUGGGAAAACCACACCGUACAGAUCAUUCUUGCACACUGCAUUGGCUUAGAAACACCAUCAUGUGGCACAAGUCUGUGUGUGUGGCCUUACUGGCUCUGGCUACAGGCUACAUCUUCCUCCUGGACUCUGAUCUGCCGGACUCCGUGUUGGAGUAUAUCUCAGGCUCCUUCCAUUACCAACUGCAGGGGGAUCUUGCGUCCCCAGAGAGCAGUAUGUCAGCUGCCUGGGAUGCACUUAUCACCCGACCAGCCAAGCAGUGGAAUAGAGUUGCUGUUGGGGUCAAUGCCUGUGUAGACGUGGUCCUUUCUGGUGUGAAUUUGCUGCAGGCCCUGGGCUUAGAUGCUGGGGCUGGACAAGACCAUUCAGUCUUGCAUUCCACAACAGAUUUGAAAGAAGCCUUCAUCCACUUCAUGGGGAAGGGAGCUGCUGCUGAACGCUUCUUCAGUGAUGAAGAGUCUUUCCACCACAUUGCACAGACUGCUUCAGAGUAUCCUGGGGCACAGUUGUAUGUGGGAGGGAAUGCUGCUCUCAUUGGCCAGAAACUUGCAACACAUCCAAACCUGAAGAUUCUGCUGUGUGGCCCAAUUGGUCCUAAACUCCAUGAGCUGCUUGAUGAAAAUGUAAUUGUCCCUCCAGAAUCAAUGCAAGAACAGGAUGAAUUUCACCUUAUUUUGGAGUAUCAAGAAGGUGAACAGUGGGGACAGCUGAGAGCCCCAGUUGCCAAUCGCUUCAUCUUCUCUCAUGACAUGUCUAAUGGGGCAAUGAACAUGUUAGAAGUAUUUGUGUCCAGUCUGGAGGAAUUCCAGCCAGACCUGGUGGUGCUCUCAGGCCUGCAUAUGAUGGAGGGACAGACCAAGGAGAUCCGUCAAAAGAGGCUCCUAGAGGCUGUAGCUUCGAUCUCUGACAUCCCCACUGAUGUCCCUGUACAUCUGGAACUGGCCAGUAUGACUGACCCACAUCUCAUGAGUGAAAUAAUUCAUCAGCAGGUUUUCCCUGUUGUCAACUCGAUUGGCUUGAAUGAACAGGAGCUGCUCUUCCUCACUCAGGCGGCCUCUGGACCUCAUGCCUCGCUCGCUUCCUGGAACGGUGUCCCGGAUGUGGGUAUUGUCAGCGACAUUCUCUUCUGGCUCUUAAGAGAACGUGGCAGGACUCCAACGAAAGCAUCAGACCUUACUCGGAUCCACUUUCACACUUUGGCCUAUCACCUCUUGGCUACUGUGGAUGGCUAUUGGGCCAACCAGGUGGCAGCUGUCGCUGCUGGUGCAAGAGUGGCAGGGGCGCAAGCUUGUGCCACUAAAACGAUUGAUGCCAGCCGAGUCUUCCUUAAAGCACCACUGGAGUUCGCCACUUCUAAGAUGGAGGAGGCCCCUAGAGUCUCCUUAAAUCCUGAUGAGCCUGUGUCAGUAUGGCACAGGGGCGGGAUCACAUUCCACUACACUCCUGUCCUAGUGUGCAAAGUUCCUUUGCGGACUGUUGGCCUUGGUGAUGCCAUUUCUGCCGAAGGACUCCUUUAUUCAGAAAUCUACCCUCAUUAGCCUACGGAAAUAAGAUACAACUUACCUCUCCGCAAAAAUUUGGACCAUGCGGACAUGGGCUGGAAGUUAAGUGUGCAAUGCAAGAACCAAAGAGUUAAGCACAGUCGAGCUGCUGGGUGUUGCCACAGGGAUGCAUACAAUUUAGUGGUGAGGUAUACAGUGGCCACACUUCGCUCAAAGUGAUAACGUAAGCCAAAGCAGCUUUUGCUUUACAUGAGCCGAUCUUAUUUGCAGUGACUUCAGAAACUGGGCACUAGGAGACAGUCGUUCCUAGUUACCCCAGGAAGGAUAAGUUGGUCCUUCACACUGUCACAUCUUUGGAAAGGCAAAAAGUAAUGGGUAUUUGUUACCCCUUCAUCACAUUCCUAAUAUAGCAAGAGCCAACCUUCUACUUGUUUGGUAGUGGUGUAAUCAAACUGCUUACCCUUUCAGCUUCAGCAGUCCAAGGGAGCGUUCUCCUAAGCGAAUAGCACAAACAAUUGUUCAGUCAGCUCUUUUGGGAGGUCGGCAAGAUGGAAGCGUCAUAAAUUAUUUGGAAAGGAUACGGAACUGUGCUCUCAUCAUUUAGACCCAUGACAUGGCAAAAUAUUGUAAGGUGGCAUUUUAUCAGAUGUACCUCCUUGGGUGGUGUAUUCUCAUUUUGGCCCUCUCUGUUUUGUUUUAUUUCUAUUGCUAUAUCAGAUGUAUAUAUUUCUCUUUUAUCAACAAAGUAACUCUUAGAAUGCAAGUAGUUGCAUACCAAGUUGUUUUGGCCUUUAGUAGGCCAUGUCUUUGUAUUUCAGGCAGUGACUGGGAGGUCAUCACUGCCAGAGGUGAGUGUCUCCAAGAACUGCUCCCCUCCUAGCAUAAUGUGGGACAAGUGGCAUUGAACCUGAGCAGAUGCCAAAGCAAUGUAAUGUGUUGCACAAAUCCUGAGACAACUCCUUGAUUCCUAACGACAGGAAACAUUUUCAGCUGUGGGGGAGACUAGGGAAAUUGGCACUCUCCUAUUCCUGGACCGCUGUAUUAGCAUCAGAUUCUGGCAUGUUUGGAUCACAUGACUGCAGGAAGGAAAUUGCUUUGGGUUCUCAUGUAUAUAGACUUCAAUCAUGCAUUCCACUCCUUUCUUCACUCUAUUGCGUAGUGGUAGAACUACAUAGAAUCGUCAGAAUCUGAGAACAGGCUUCAGGGUGAGGGCAAAAUCUGCUGGUGGUAUAUUAACUAGAGGCGGGGUGUGUGGGUUGGACCAGGGAAUCCAGGUCUACAUCUGUGAUCAGACAUGAUUCUCACUUAUUCCAAAUGGCUUUGAUACUGACAAAAGUAGUUUGGAUUUUUAGAUGAAGAUCCUUUGGCCAUUUUUGAAAGCAAUUUUCAAGAAGUUGUUUGAAUCAUCUGUGAUAGUUCCACUGCUGAAUUUCUGUAACCAAAUGUUAAGAGUUUUUUCAUAGAAUCAUAGAAUAGCAGAGUUGGAAGGGGCCUACAAGGCCAUCGAGUCCAACCCCCUGCUCAAUGCAGGAAUCCACCCUAAAGCAUCCCUGAUAGAUGGUUGUCCAGCUGCCUCACUUUGGGCUGGGCACUAUUUCACUUUGGGCUGGGCACUAGCAUUGAAUCAAGUGGCCUUGAGUUUGCCUACCUGAAGCGUUUUCUUUGCUGAUUUAGUACUGCGUUUAAACACGGAAUUAGAUGUAACUAUGGCAGAUCCAUGUCUUUACCUAUGAGUCACUGCUGAACAGCUGUAAAAUAGAGGUGGGGCAUUAAUUCCAGGUGGAGAAGUGGUAGGAGGGAGCAUUCUAAACCCUCCUCUGCUUUCUACUCCCGCUUACCCAUGCCUAUUUUUCUCUCAGCCAAGCACAUUUCCAGCCUGGCAGCCAAAGGAAGAGCUCAUGCUUUGCAUGCAGAAGCUUCCAUAUUCACUCCCUAGAAUCUCCUGUUUAAAAAGAACAGGCGGCAGUGGUGGAAAAGACCCCCGUCUGUGAAUCUUGAGAGCUGCUGCCUGUCAAAGUAGACAAUACUGAGCUAGAUGGACAAAUAGCCUGGCCUGGUAAAAAGUAUCUUCCUACGUUCUACCUUGAUCUUAUCCACAUGAAACUGCUGCUUUUAUCCCUGCUUUACACCUGUUAGGCAGUGAACUGUGUUUGAAGCCAGUUCUGCUGGUAGUAAUUUGGCUUCUUUUGGCACUUUGCAGCAGAAAGUGCCUCAGUCGAGUGCACUCCACCUGUGCACAGCAUUUUACUAUCCAGCUGCUAGCCUUGACUAUUUCCAGCUGAAUGUGCCCUUUUGCUGUCAUGAGUCCAAGGACUGACUCUUACCAAAACAACAUCAAUAUAUAAGGAUGUUGUUGCUUUCGUAUGCAUGAACAGGAUUUCUUGAGAAGGGCAAAGAGAGUUCUUUGUUACGGGAAGACCACAAAUCCAGGAUCAUGACUGAGCGUUGCUUGGCUGAAUGUUCAACAACAGAAUAUACUACAGAGCUUGGCUGUAGUAUGCAAACAUGUUCUCAACGCAAUUGAAAGGGCUUCUGGGUUCAGGCAUCUUGGAAUAGUGAGCGCAAGGACAGUAUAAUCAAUAUUUAUUUUGUGUUAGUGCAUUUAUGUCCCACCCUUUUUCCUCCAAGGAACCCAAGGCGGUGGACAUCCUCCCCUCCAUUUUAUCCUCACAACCACCACCCUGUGAGGUAGGUUGGGCUGAGAGUCUGCGACUGGCGCAAAGUCACCCAGUGGGUUUCCAUGGCCAUGUGGGGACUAGAACCCAGGAUCUCCCAACACCCAGUCCAACACUUUAGCCACUACACCACCAUACUAGUAGUCCUAAAAUGUAAAGCUAAAAACAUCACUUGCAUUUUCUCUUUUGAUAGGAUAAAUCACAGUUAAAUGUGUAGCUUUAUUCCCAAGAUAUAGCUGCUUUGGUUUAUAAGGUUGCACUGUAGAAAUCACUGUUAUACAACUUGUGCUUAUUCCAGAAUUUUACUAGGGGGGCAGCUUCACAGUGGUGGUGCUUGGUACAUUUGUCUUAACUCCAUAUCUUGUUUCACGUCUUAAAUCUAUCCUACUCGAAUCCACAUGUCAGAGGCUUCAUUUGUAUAAUAUUUUUUGUCUUAUGUGUAUGGCCUUGCCACCCACUGCCUGCUAGGAUCUCCAGAAUCUGUAAUGCCUACCUAAAUUUAAAAAGUGGUACAGACAUCAUGUUUGGGUAGAACCAAAGCUGGUUUUGUGCUAUCUAUUAUUUCCUUCACCCUGCUCAUCAGGAAGAGAGAAGGAACGGGAGUCCAAGACUUGCACACCUCUCCUACUAGCUAGAGAAGUGUAACACAAUUGAAGGCCAACAGCUUGAGCUGGUUGUGUCUAAGACUGCUUCUCAAGAUACUCAAAAUCUGUGGGCCUCAAAUAUAUUUCUGUGUACCUGGAUAAUUUUUUCCCCUUCCCCCAGCAUUUGCUGUCUUCCUGUUUUAUUUCCAUACUGCUAACACAUCUGGGUCCAACAAAAUUGUUCAAACUACAUUAAGAAUGCAGCUGCUGAAUGAGUGAAUCCACUUGGCCACAGGCCAGUCGCAGCUUUAACGGCAAUCACAAUGUGACUGCACAGUGUCAGGGCCUGUGUGUGUGUGAGCCAAGUUUUCCUUAGGACUCUCCUUGCGCUGGGGAACCAUUUUGUGAAGUAAAAUACUGAAGUAGGUGCAUCCUCCCUCGAGCUGAAACGUUGAAUGGCUGUUAGGUGAAGUUUUUGCCAAAAGGUAAACAUGCUUUAUGUACCUGGUUGUUCCAUAUGAAGGAAGCAACUAAAGUGAAAGUUUUGCUCUUCCAAAUAGUGCAGUUUCUUCCCUAAACUGCCAGAUUGCUACAGCUCUUUGGCCCAUCAGAAAUCUCAGAAAGAGGCUAUGGACUGCACUAGUUUACUUGGGCAAAGAGUAUACAUAGCAUCAGUCAUCUUGGUGCCAGGCAGUUGCCAAGACAUAUGAUUGUGGAAGUCACCUGUGAUGUGGAAAGCUACACAUUCUGUUCUCACUUCAUAAAUAACAGCAGGAGUGGACCGGAUGCAGUUUGCAAGAGUUAAAGAGCAUCCUUUAAAGCAUUUCUUCUUUUUACAAAAACAACAAAACCCUCUAUUGCCAAAUUGUUCGGCCUGUGUAAUUCCUAUGAGAUGAGUAUUUGUGGAUAGCGUGUGAUGUUUCAGAAGAAUGUAUAUGCUUGUAAUAGGAUUCUGUUCUAUGGAUGGUGUUUUCAUUAAACAUUGUUUUGCAUUUAAAA